AUGUCUUCUUCCAAAGAUGCAGACCCUAGCUUGGGUUAUCUCACUAGAAAGGAUACAGAGGUGAAACUACCUCGACCAACUAGGGUUAAGAACAAAACCCCCGCUCCAAUUCAAAUCACAGCCGAGCAAAUUCUUCGCGAAGCUAGGGAGCGUCAGGAGGCUGAGAUCCGUCCUCCCAAGCAGAAAAUCACUGAUCCCACAGAACUUGGUGAGUAUCGUCUCCGCAAGCGAAAGGAAUUCGAAGAUUUAAUCCGCCGAGUUCGAUGGAAUGUGAGUGUUUGGAUAAAGUAUGCACAGUGGGAAGAGUCGCAGAAAGACUUUAAACGUGCACGUUCUGUUUGGGAGAGAGCAUUGGAAGUUGAUUACAAGAAUCAUACGCUAUGGUUGAAAUACGCUGAGGUUGAAAUGAAGAAUAAGUUUAUUAAUCAUGCUAGGAAUGUUUGGGAUCGCGCUGUUACUCUUUUGCCUCGAGUCGAUCAGUUGUGGUAUAAGUAUAUUCAUAUGGAGGAGGUGCUUGGGAAUGUUGCUGGUGCGAGGCAGGUUUUUGAGAGGUGGAUGAAAUGGAUGCCGGAUCAGCAAGGAUGGUUAUCUUAUAUCAAAUUUGAGCUUAGAUAUAAUGAAAUUGAACGGGCGAGAGGGAUUUUUGAGCGGUUUGUUCUGUGUCACCCUAGGGUUGGUGCUUGGAUACGCUACGCCAAGUUUGAGAUGAAGAAUGGUGAGGUUCCUAGGUCGAGAAAUGUUUAUGAAAGAGCGGUGGAGAGGCUUGCUGAUGAUGAGGAAGCCGAGCAGCUUUUUGUGGCGUUUGCUGAGUUUGAGGAAAGGUGCAAGGAGGCUGAGCGUGCAAGGUGUAUUUAUAAGUUUGCGCUUGAUCAUAUUCCGAAGGCGAGGGCUGAAGACUUAUAUCGUAAGUUUGUGGCAUUUGAAAAGCAGUAUGGUGAUAGGGAGGGGAUUGAGGAUGCUAUUGUUGGGAAGAGGAGGUUUCAAUAUGAAGAUGAAGUGAGGAAAAAUCCUUUGAAUUAUGAUUCUUGGUUUGACUAUAUAAGAUUGGAAGAGAGUGUGGGGAAUAAGGGAAGAACUAGGGAGGUUUAUGAGAGAGCUAUAGCUAAUGUUCCACCAGCCGAGGAGAAACGAUACUGGCAACGCUAUAUUUAUUUGUGGAUUAAUUAUGCACUCUAUGAAGAGCUUGAUGCCGGAGAUAUGGAGCGAACAAGAGAUGUGUACAGGGAGUGUCUCACCCAAAUACCUCACCAGAAGUUCUCAUUUGCUAAGGUAUGGCUUCUAGCAGCCCAGUUUGAAAUACGUCAGCUGAAUCUCAAGGGGGCUCGUCAAAUAUUAGGAAAUGCUAUUGGAAAGGCGCCUAAAGAUAAGAUAUUUAAGAAAUACAUAGAGAUAGAACUGCAGCUUGGUAAUAUAGAUCGAUGCAGAAAACUGUAUGAAAAGUAUCUAGAGUGGUCACCUGAAAAUUGCUAUGCAUGGAGCAAGUAUGCAGAAUUGGAGAGAUCUUUAGCUGAGACUGAGCGAGCUAGAGCAAUUUUUGAGCUUGCAAUUGCUCAACCAGCAUUGGAUAUGCCUGAGUUGUUGUGGAAGGCAUACAUUGACUUUGAAACUGCUGAGUGUGAAUUCGAGAAAGCUAGAGUGCUUUAUGAAAGGCUUCUUGAUCGAACAAAGCACUUGAAGGUAUGGAUAAGUUAUGCAGAGUUUGAAGCAACAGCUAUUGAUGAGAGUUUAGACUUAUCAGAACAAGAGCAAAAGGAGCAAUGCAUUAAGCGUGCCAGAAGGGUGUUCGAGGAAGCUCUAAACUACUUCAGAUCAUCAGCUCCAGAUUUAAAAGAAGAAAGGGCAAUGCUAUUGGAGAAAUGGCUCAACUUGGAGGCUUCAUCUGGGGAGCUAGGUGAUGUUAGCUUAGUCCAAUCUAAGCUACCCAAGAAGCUCAAGAAGAGAAGGCAAAUUUCUACUGAAGAUGGCUCUUCUAGAAUUGAAGAAUUUAUCGACUAUUUGUUCCCUGAGGAAACUCAGACAACCAAUCUCAAGAUCUUGGAAGCUGCUUACAAAUGGAAGAAGCAAAAGUUGUCUUCAGCUGAUGAUUGA